AUGGCGUCCUGGAUGUCGGGUUGGAACCCGAUCGUCAACUUCCCUCAAUACCACGGUCCAUACGAUGUCGGCACUGUAGAUGUCGAGAUACCAGCAGCCGAUCUGCCUUCACCCGCAGAAGCACCAGAGGAUGCUCAACCUACCAUCGCCUUCCGAAUCUUCUACCCUUGCGUCAAGCCCUCCUCUAGCAAACAGGAUCGUCCCGUACGAUGGAUCCCUCAGCCACAGCGAGCGACCAUCAGCGCCUUCGCCAAGUUCGUUGGUGUCAAGUCGCCGCGGAUAGCUUCCGCAAUCUCUCUCAUGCCACAACAACUCUACUGGAUCACACUUCCAGCACAUCGCAACGCCAAACUCCUUGACCCACCUACGAGCAAUGGCCGCUGGCCUGUCACAUUCUUCAGCCACGGUCUUGCAGGAAGUCGGAAUGCAUACAGCUACGUCUGUGGAGAUCUCGCGAGUCACGGCAUGAUUGUCAUCGCCCUCGACCACCGUGACGGAAGCAGCCCCAUUCAGUACGUCCGCGCCACGACCACCACCGAAGCGCAUGUGGUCGACCCUGUAAAGAUUAGUCAUGAACCGAGUCAGGAGGUGUACGAGGGAAGAGACAAGCAACUGCGGAUUCGCCUCUGGGAGAUCAGCAUGGCAUAUGAGGCGUUGAUGAAGAUUGAUGCUGGAUUGGAGGUGGAGAACCUGGACAUCAACGCGAGCUCGCGCCGACGGGAGCGGGUAGAGGUACUUUGGCAAUUUGACGGAAUGCUGGAUAUCCACCGUGCUGGCAAGGUCACUUGGGCGGGUCACUCUUUCGGAGCCGCGACCACGGUCCAGCUCCUGAAGAGUAUCUACUACUGCCAGGACCGACCUGCCAACUUUGGAAAACCUCUCAUCACCCCCAAGGCCGACGCUGCGAUUAUUCACCAGAUCGUUCCGGAAUCACCAACCCUCCUCCUCGACAUGUGGUGCUUGCCGCUGCGAUCACCCGACCAGGCUUUCCUCUGGGACAAGCCGCUGCCAUCGCAUGCUGCUGGAGGACCAGGGGGUGACAAUGUCCUAUCGGUACUUUCGGAAGCAUUUUGUAAUUGGGAGGACAACCUCAACAUCAACAAGCACAUCGCCAUCUCCUCGAAGAACUAUUCGGAGAAGACCGCGGACCGGACCAAGGGUCCGCACAUGUUCUUCAUCCAACGCAGCCAACACUUCAACCAAUCCGACUUCGGCAUCCUCUUCCCCUGGAUCGCCAAGCGCGUCACCAAGGCCGAAGAACCCGAGCGCAUCCUCGAGCUGAACGUCCGCGCCAUGGUCCAGGUCAUCCGCGAAUCCGGCAUCGAAAUCCCGGGCGACGACGACAAGGAAAUCCUCGACAAGGAGGGCAGUGUCCGGAGAUGGAUCAACGUGCCCAACGAGGAGGAAUCCGCCGCGGAUACCAUCGGCGCCUUGCACCGUAUCAACCGAAAGCUCUCCAUCACGUCCACUCGAUCCAUCGCCCCUCCGCGCGACGGUAUGACCAUGGGUCAAAAGAUGGAGGCCCAGUUGGACAUGGUCUAG